AUGGAAGAUCCUAGGCAAGAAGUAAAGAAGAUAAGAUGGGAGAAGCUGAAGAAGGCGGCUUCAAUGGCGGCUCCAAUGGUGGUCGUAAACAUAUCUCAGUACCUUCUUCGAGCCAUUUCGACAAUGAUUGUUGGUCACAAAAGUGAGAUCUCUCUCGCUGGAAUUGCUCUCGCCAGCUCUUUUGCGAACGUAACCGGCUUCACUCUCAUCUUUGGACUAGCAAGCGCAUUGGAAACACUAUGUGGUCAAGCUUUUGGUGCUCGUCGGUAUGAGAAGCUCAGUUCCUAUACUUUCCCGUCCAUUGUUUCUCUUCUCAUCAUUUGUUUCCCAAUCUCUUUUCUCUGGCUUUUCACGAAAAAUAUUUUGUUAUUGUUUCACCAAGACCCUAAAAUAUCAGAGGUUGCUUAUGCUUACUGUCUUUGGCUCAUACCAGCUUUAUUUGGUUACUCUAUUUUGCAAUCGUUGAUUCGUUACUUCCAAACACAAAGCUUGAUUUACCCUAUGGUUCUGUCUUCUUUAGUGGUUCUAUGUUUCCAUGCCCCGGUUUGUUGGGUAUUGGUUUACACUUUACGGCUUGGAACCAAAGGUGCAGCUUUGUCAAUAAGCCUUUCGUAUUGGCUCAACGCGGUUUUCCUCUGGUUUUUCAUGAGGCAUUCUCGAGUUUGCGAAGGCAAAAGGGUUUUAAUAUCAAUGGAAGCAUUUGGUCACAUGAGGAUCUUCUUCACUUUAGCUGUUCCUUCGGCUAUGAUGGUCAGUCUUGAAAAUUUGGCUUUCGAGAUUCUCAUUCUUAUCUCCGGAGUCUUGCCAAAUGCAAAGCUAGAGACAUCGGUGAUUUCCAUGAUCUUUACAACUUGUUCUCUGCACUACAAUCUAGCAACUGCAAUUGGGGCUGCUGCAAGCACGAAUGUGGCCAAUGAACUAGGAGCUGGAAACCUAGUCGCAGCAAAAGCUUCUGCGUUUGUCGCAAUCAUAAUUGCAGCUGUUGAAUCUUCUACCAUCAGCUUUGCUCUGUUCAUGUCAAGACAUGUUUGGGGCUAUGCUUAUAGUAACGUACCUGAAGUGAUUCGCUACGCCGCAGAAGUCACACCUAUUCUCUGCAUUUCCAUUGUUGUGGAUGCCUUUUCAGCCACAUUUACCGGGGUUGUGAGAGGAAGUGGUAAACAGAAGAUUGGUGCUUAUGUGAAUAUCGCUGCGUUUUACAUCUUUGGGAUUCCAAUUGGACUUCUCUUUUGCUUCAUUCUUGAUAUUAAAGUUAAAGGUCUUUGGAUUGGUAGUCUCUGUGGAUGCACUUUACAAACUCUCUCAUUGUUUCUUAUUACUACAUUCACCAAAUGGAAGACCAAUGAGAUAUUGUGA